AUGGGUCGUGUUAGAACUAAGACUGUUAAAAGAGCUUCCAAGGUUUUGAUCGAAAGAUUUUACCCAAAAUUGACUUUGGAUUUCGAAACUAACAAAAGAUUGACUUCUGAAAUUGCUGUCAUUCAAUCUAAAAGAUUAAGAAACAAGAUUGCUGGUUACACCACCCAUUUGAUGAAAAGAAUUCAAAAAGGUCCAGUUAGAGGUAUUUCUUUCAAAUUACAAGAAGAAGAAAGAGAAAGAAAGGAUCAAUACGUUCCAGAAGUUUCUGCUUUGGACUUGUCUCACACUAAUGGUCAAUUAGAAAUUGAUGCUGAUACUGCUGAUUUGGUCAAAUCUUUGGGUUUCAAGAUUCCAGUUCAAACUGUUUCAAUCUCUGCUCAAAGAGGUCCAAGAAGAUUUGCUAAAAGAAACUAA